AUGGAAACUGACAACAAGCUGCCACGAGAUGGCACUGUUUCUGGAUCCUCCACAGAUGCUUUUAUUACAACCAGGAGAAGACAACAGCCAGGCAAACAACAUAGUACAACACUGGCACCAGGUGGCGUUGUGGCUGGAUCCCCUGCAGGUUCUUCUGUGGUGAGCAGGGAAAGAAAGAAGCAAGUAGGACAACAUACUACAACACUGACACCAGGUGGCGCUGUGGCUAGAUCCCCUGCAGGUUCUUCUGUGGUGACCAGGGAAAGAAAGAAGCAGGUAGGACAACAUAGUACAACACUGACACCAGGUGGCGCUGUGGCUGGAUCCCCUGCAGGUUCUUCUGUGGUGACCAGGAAAAGAAAGAAGCAGGAGGAACAACAUAGUACAACACUGACACCAGGUGGCGCUGUGGCUGGAUACCCUGCAGGUGCUUCUGUGGUGACCAGGAAAAGAAAGAAGCAGGAGGAACAACAUAGUACAACACUGACACCAGGUGGCGCUGUGGCUAGAUCCCCUGCAGGUUCUUCUGUGGUGAGCAGGGAAAGAAAGAAGCAGGGGGAACAACAUAGUACAACACUGACACCAGGUGGCGCUGUGACUGGAUUCCCUGCAGGUUCUUCUGUAGCGACCAGGAAAAGAAAGAAGCAAGUAGGACAACAUAGUACGACACUGACACAAGGUGGAGCUGUGGCUGGAUCCCCUGCAGGUUCUUUUGUGGUGAGCAGGGAAAAAAAGAAGCAGGGGGAACAACAUAGUACAACACUGACACCAGGUGGCACUGUGGCUGGAUCCCCUGCAGGUUCUUCUGUGGUGACCAGUGAAAGAAAGAAGCAGGAGGAACAACAUAGUACAACACUGACAGCAGGUGGCGCUGUGGCUGGAUCCCCUACAGGUUCUUCUGUGGUGACCUGGGAAAGAAAGAAGCAAGUAGAACAACAAACUACAACACUGACACCAGGUGGCGCUGUGGCUGGAUCCCCUGCAGGUGCUUCUGUGGCGACCAGGAAAAGAAAGAAGCAAGUAGAACAACAAACUACAACACUGACACCAGGUGGCGCUGUGGCUGGAUCCCCUGCAGGUGGUCCUGUAUUGACCAGGAAAAGAAAGAAGCAAGUAGAACAACAUAGUACAACACUGACACCAGGUGGCGCUGUGGCUGGAUCCCCUGCAGGCGCUUCUGUGGCGACCACAGAUAGUCUCACUGCCACAGAGGUUCAGUUUCACAAUGUAACAUCUCCAACUCCUCCAACGUUGCAUUCGGAGACAGCGGACAUCGAGGCUGGAUAUCACAAGGUGGGAUAA